CGCCGAGCCCAGCCGAGGGUCGCCUCUUCGCCGCCGUUGCAUCCCCGCCGCUGCCUCCUCCGCCCGAGGGAAAAGACCUUCCCGCCACCAUGACCAAAGAUGACUCUGCCGAGCUCCCUUCCGAGGAAGACCACCAGGCGUUGGAAUUCCAGAGCCCAACGUUGGAGAGGAGGAAGAAGCCCAUCGUCCACCCUUCAGCCCCAGCUCCACUCCCCAAAGAUUAUGCUUUCACUUUCUUUGAUCCCAACGAUCCCGCUUGCCAAGAAAUCCUCUACGACCCCAUCACCACCGUCCCGGAGCUCUUCGCCAUCAUCCGCCAAUGGGUUCCCCAGGUGCAGCACAAGAUCGACAUGAUUGGCAAUGAGAUCCUGAAGCGUGGAUGCCACGUCGAUGACCGGGAUGGGCUGACAGAUAUGACCCUUCUGCAUUAUGCGUGUAAAGCUGGCGCACACGGUGUGGGUGACCCUGCCGCCGCCGUGCGCCUCUCUAACCAACUGCUGGCUCUGGACGCAGAUGUGACACUGCGCAGCCGCUGGACCAACAUGAACGCCCUCCAUUACGCGGCUUACUUCGACGUCCCUGAACUCAUCCGCAUCCUCCUCAAGGCCUCCAAGCCAAAAGUUCUCAACUCGACGUGCAGUGACUUCAACCACGGAACCGCCUUACACAUCGCUGCUUCGAAUCUCUGUUUGGGGGCCGUGAAGUGUCUUCUGGAACACGGGGCCAACCCCGCUGUCAGGAACAGCAAAGGGCAGGUCCCGGCUGACGUCGUGCCGGACCCCAUGGACAUGACGCUGGACAAGGCCGAGGCCGCCAUGAUCGCCAAGGAGCUGAAGCAGUUGCUGCUGGACGCCGUGCCUUUGAGUUGCAGCCUGCCCAAGGUCACCCUGCCCAACUACGACAACAUUCCAGGGAACCUCAUGCUUCUCUCUCUCGGCCUGAAGCUGGGCGACCGGGUCUUGGUGGACGGGCAGAAGGUGGGCACCUUGCGUUUCUGUGGCACGACCGAGUUUGCCAGCGGCCAGUGGGUCGGUGUAGAACUGGACAAGCCCGACGGCAAGAACGAUGGCAGCGUGGGUGGCAUCCGCUACUUCAUUUGCCCACCAAAGCAUGGGCUGUUUGCUUCAGUGUCCAAGAUCUCCAAAGCUGCUGACCAAACACCGUCGGUCACCUCCACGCCACGGACCCCCCGGAUGGAUUUUUCCCGCAUGACAGCCAAAGGGCGCAAGGAGAAGGACAAGGACCGGAAAGCUCUCAGAAAGAAAUCCUUAUCCGUCGGCAGCCUGGAUCGCGAAGGAUUGAAGAUCGACAUCGGGGAUCAGGUGCUGGUGGCCGGACAGAAGCAAGGGGUCAUUCGCUUCUACGGGAAGACUGAUUUUGCCCCAGGCUAUUGGUUUGGAAUUGAGCUGGACAAACCGACGGGAAAACACGAUGGCUCUGUUUUCGGGGUUCGCUACUUCACUUGCACCCCUAAGCAUGGCGUUUUUGCCCCCCCGUCCAGGGUCCAGAGAAUCGGAGGUCCCAGAGACUCCCAAGAUGGCACUUCUGGAAAGAAGGUGCACCAAGUUACCAUUUCACAGCCAAAGCGUAAUUUUACUACAGUCAGAUCUCCGAAAGAUAUCACGUCAGAAAAUUCCAUCUCUAGGAUUCUCUUCUGUUGCUGGUUCCCGUGGAUGCUGCGUGCGGAAAUGCAGCCGUAGAGUGUGUCCCCCCCAACCCCCGCGCCCUUCUCCUCCUCCGCUCUUCCUCCGCUCUCCACGUAAUCAAGGACUGCUCUUCGGACCCGUCGCUCACCUCUCUUGCUCCCCGCCUCCAUCACCCUUCCUAGUGAACCCAGUGCCUUGCUAGAUCACAUGGCCACCCCCAGUAGAUCGUGAGAAACGCUAAAAACCCCUCCCGUUGCCCCCCCCCUCCCCACUUUCUGAGCUGUGGCACCACCAGUCUCUCCUAGCACUUCU